AUGGAUAAGACUGGUGCAGUCGCUAUGCGACUUUUCGCUAAUUGGGAAACUGAUCGGGCUAGUUCGAGCACAGUGCAACGUGUUUUCACUCUAGGAAUUAAUCGUUUGGAAUUAACGUCUUUCCCAAUUUCUGUGCAAAGCAUUGUGCUCACUGCAAGACUUGAGGGAUAUAAGAGAACUUUGAGAUGUAACGAUAUAGUCAUUAAUCCUGAGAAUGGGAAAGUAGAUAUCACUUUGGAUGUAUCUUUCAACAUUCAAUAUCCACAUUUCCUGAAACGCGGCCGAAACAUUCUUCAAAUCAUGAUCCAACGACGCAGGAAGUACAAGAAUAGACCUAUACCAGGAGGCUUCAAAACCGUCGCCAUUGGUAUGAUCAACCUUUCUCAACUGUUGCAAAUGGGUAAUUUGCGAGAAAUCACAUUAUGGAAUGCUGAAGAUACCUCUAAGGAAACAACAGCUAUUCACAGUGUUGGACGACUCUCUUUUUCAACAUGUCAUACUUCACCAUUGGACUACGAUUGUGAUAGAGAUGGAAGAUCUACUAAAAAGUCAGGCCAAGACGGUGAUCUGAGUGAAGAAGAGUCAGAAAGUGAUUAUGAUGAAAUGGGGUUGGAUAGCGAGAUUAUCGAGCCUUCUAGCAGCCACAGUGAUUCUCGCAAUAGAGAUUUGAAGAGUAAGCUUGUCAGACGGAAAAACUUGAAACAAAAGCUCAGUAACUUGUUGAAAAAAUUCAAAGUCGCCGAGGAUGAUGUUCUGGAGAGAAGUGCCGUAGCUUCUGUGUCAAACGCACCAACAGCUAAAGAAAUAGAAGCUAUCUUUGAGGAGUUAGAAGAAAUGAGUGAUUCAGGCCCAGAAAUGGGAGGAGAUGACAUUUCUAUUGGAUCGAACCCUCGCCCAGCGCUUCGACCAUAUUUCACUCACUCUCGAGAAGUACUCCCUGCCAUAUAUGAUAAUGAUGGGGAUCUUGCCUCCGAUAGCGACAAUGAGGAACUGGAUUGGUCUUCAGAAGAGAAUACGAAAGAUACCACGUAUAGACACAAUAUGACGUUUCCGAAAAACUCGCCUCUUUCAACUCCAAACAAUACAGCUCCAUCGAAGACACAGUCGAAAGUUUCUUUGACAAAUAGUGUCCCCCUAACAGGGAUCAAUACAUUGUUGACUGUGCCUCAUUCUCAAACGAUAUCGAGCAUAGUAAAGAAUGAACUAAACUCUUCUGAUUCCGGUAAAACUUCAGCUGUUUUGGAUAAGUUAUCAUCAUUGUUAUCAUCAGAUUUACCUCCUUCUGUUCUAUGGAUUAGUAGUUCGGAAGGUUAUCAUCACGAGUUUGGAAGCUUGCCGAUGAUUGUUUGCAAUACAGCUGCUCUUGUCAAACAAGCAUUGAGUCAAAUAAUAGCGAAAAUUCAUAAUUUUUGCAACAGCAAUUCUGCCAAUCCUCCAACAACCGUUGUUGGAUUGAUAGGGAAUGAUAAGCUUGUCAGUCAGGUUCUUCGUGCCUAUGUUGAUUGUCUACAUCAUAAAUCAUCAAGCAACUGGCUUCAAUAUCUCUGUUUUGUCAUAGUUUCUCCACCAAGCUCUUUAAUCGGAAGACUGAUAUACGGCGUAGAUUCUGAGUUUUCUUAUAUCUGCAGGGAUAUUUGGGAGAGGUGGCACGAGCUUUCCCCUAAAGAAAUUUCUACAACCAUAGAAAAAUUAGAAGAAUGUCCUGCUAAGUUGGGUCAGAAAAUAGCUCUCCCUAUUGGAGAAGCUUUACUACAGCUCUGUGACACUCAUGAGAUGGAAGCAAGUGCUACUUUCGUUCCUUUUUUGGCCGAAGUCCGUGUAGGACAAAUCGAAGAUGAAGAAGCAACUCCGAGGGGUCAAGAUGAUAGUUCUUUCAUUAAAAACUUGAAUCAAGGGAAUUAUUCUCCACCAUGCAGUCCCCACACACGCUUGGAUGCUCGUGAGAUGAAUGUUGAAUAUUGGAUAGGACGAGAGCAUUCCAAUGACUCAGUCCUCUCUUAUAAUUCCAACAUAAACUCGAAGAAGGAUCACAACAAGGGUUCUUUGAAAACGGCUUUCCGUAGUCUUAUGAUAUCUCGAUCUCUGAAUCAUCACUUGUUAUCUUUGAGUUUUAUAAGGGAAAAGAGGAAAGGAAAAAUGCUACAAAAACUUGGAAUGAAUAAAGGCCAAAAAAGCGAUAUCGACACAGUCCAAGUUCUCGGAGUAACAAGACUCCUUUGUAGUGGUCUGGGAAAACAUAGCGAUCUAUCAGUGUCCGUUGACGGCAAUGUCUUCCACUGUGUGAAAUACUUCCAAACAUCAGCUCAAUGGCAAACACAUGUGAAAACGUUCCCCAUCUGUUUUUUCUCUUAG